CAAGCAGUUUAUCCAAUAGUGCAUUGCAACGACGUGAUGGACCACCAUCCAGCGCUAAUUAUUAUCAAGUACACUUACUACUAUGCGUGCGAUUCAAUUUACGGUAUCGACACGUUUCUUCAUAUAGUGCAUAGACAAGUCUCAGACAAAGCAAUGAGGCGAGAACAUUUACAAAAGUCUGCCAUAUUGCUGCUGUGUGAUAUACUCUCCUUGAUACCAUUUUUUCGCCUGGUAACGACAGAUCCUUGUCCAAUACCUCAAAUGUGGCCUAACAUACUCAAGUUUAAUGAAUUUCUCGUCAUUUACAGAAUUACAGACUACUUUUCACUGAAAUCGACACAUUCAUAUCCAAUGCUGUUGCUAGGAUACUCAAUUGUUAUGCUCAUAACUGUAAACUGCGUCAGCUGUCUUUGGUUGUUGGCAACACAUGAAGGUUUUUGUGAGUUUUGUAAUAACCCCUAUGAUGAUGUUUAUUAUGAUUGGCGAGCUUUCAUAUGGCAUAAGCUCAACGAAACUGAUGAAGGUUACGCUACGUUUGUGUACGGCGCCGUUUUUGUAUUUUCUUUUGCCAUGAAUGCCGGUUCAGACGACAUGAGGCCCGCAGCUAUCGCUGAGUUCGUUAUAAUCUGUGUCUUCCUGUUGGUCUGCUAUAUAUUGACAAAUUUUAUUUUUGUACCACAUGCUUUAGCGGAAUCAAUGUUAAGAUUCCGUGGAUUGAAUCGCAAGUAUUUGCGCGUAAAAAAAGUGAUUGAGGAGACUAAACGAAGGAAUCCUAAUGAUAACUCGCACGAACAAGUUGAACUUUAUUAUAGAAUAUUGUGGGAAAAGCAGAGUUGCAUUACAACCACCCCGGAGUUUAUAUUCAGCUUGCCUAGAGACUUGAGGGUUGAGCUAAGGCAGGAUCUGCUUUGGGCAUUAUUUUACCACAGUCCCACAUUGAGGAAAACAAGUCUUCCUUUCCGGCGUUGGGUAACAGAGGCUACAGUGAUAAGUUUCAAACUGCCAGGUGCCAGGUUCUUUUCGAAUAAGAAUGCUAACAGCUCUUUAAUUUAUUUGAAAUCUGGUAUAAUUCAACUGCUUUCCAUCGACGAUGGCGUGACUCCGAUCAUCUCGGUCACCAGUGGAACUGUCUUUGGAGAUGUGAGUUUUUUUGUGCCUCACUUGAAGAGGAAGAUUUUGGCGCGAUGUGUCACGUACUGUGAAUUUUAUUACAUCCCACGCAAGAAGUUUUUAACAGCGUUACAUAAAUAUCCAUUGGACCGAAGAAUCAUCCUUCGAGAUGCUAAAGCCAGGCUAUCUCACGCAAAGGUGUUAUUUGCGAACAAACAAAUAGUAAGAGGAUUGGAUAGAAACGAAGAUGAAGGAAUAUUAUGGAUUAAAAAACGUUGGUGGGAGUUACACACCUUUAUUGAAAACUUCACUCGAGCAACUGGUGAACCGAGAGAGGCUUUAAAGGGCUUCUUACCUCGGGACGAGUCAAUAUACCAUUGUUCUAAAUAUAUCGGACAACUUGUGUUGUGUAAUAAAACGGAACUGCAGAUUUCUUCGAUGUUUACAAACUCCAAAUUUCCAUGGAUUAUGAACCCGCGCUCCCACUUUGGUCUCAUUUGGUACAGAAUUGUCAGUUGCACCGUAUGCCUGGUGCUCUUCAUUCAUCCACAAUGCUUGGUAUCGCCUAAAAUACCGACAUGGUUCCACUUUUUUUCGUUUUGGACUGACACAAUAUACGCUAUCGACAUAGGUGUCUCACUUGUUACUGCAGUGAAGAAAAAUGAUAAUAUCACGAGCACUUUUGCGACUGUAGUAUUCGAACGCUUCAAGAGUUUGACGUUUAUGCUGGAUUUGUUAUCAACUAUUUGGUUUGAGGACAUUUUUGAUCUUUGCGGUGCACCACCACAGUAUUAUUAUACCCUUCAAUUUAACAGAUUGAUUAAAGUCUAUGUACUCUUUCACGGAGAGUACUUAAAGUUUGACAUUCGAAGGGAUCCCGCAAUAGAUGUUUUCAAACAAAUUGUGCUGAUUUACAGCGCGUUCUUUUUCAUAAGCAGCCAUUUAGUGUUCGAACUAAUGAACUACUUCCCGGAUUUGACGAUGAUAUUUUACUAUGGAGAAGUAUUGUGUUCGAAGAAACUUCAAGUUAACUGUACUGCAAUGGCUCCUAUAGCCGGUGUUGCCAUUUCCUGGUCAUUCGAAUGGAUUUAUUCUGAAAACAGUCCGUCGACUCUGUUAGAUAGUUACGUAAUGGUUAUUAUGUACUUUAUAGGCUUCGUUGUAAGGAUUUAUUGUAAAGGUAAAUAUACAUCGCACUUGUUUUUGACACACAAGGACGUGACGAAGUAUCAAAACUUUGUAAUUCACCUCAAGUCGUAUUAUCAACGGUAUAGAAUUCAUCAAGACUUGCUGAAAAGACUGGAUAGGUAUCUCAUAUGUCAUUGGAAGUAUUAUAGAGGUACAGACGUAUUGAAGCCGAAUACUUUGGAAGAUGAAGCCAGAGAUAUAUACUGGAAAGCGCAAGGCAAUGUGGCUAAAGCAGUUAUAGGCGGAUCACCGGUGUUUAAGAAUGCCGAUACUUCAUUUAUAACAGACUUGGCUAGAGCUGCCAAGUUUUUGGUACUGCCUAAGAAAUCUAAUAUACUUAGGUUCGGAAUACAAAGUAAAAAUGUGUCUUUUGUUGGUCAGGGUUACGUGCAAUCCGAGUACGCUAAUGAGAAAGGUGAAAUGAAUACCGAUUACUACGGGAAGGGUUCCGUCUUAUCGAUCGUUGAAAUAUUUCUCGGCCGAGUCUCGCUUCGAUCCUAUGCCGCAGCCACUGAUGUAGAGAUCAUUUAUAUACCAAUAAAUAAGCUUUGGGAUAUUUACAAGAAAUAUCCAGCUGAGAAAUCUUACAUGGAAAACUGCAUUAAUGAGUACGGAGGAAUGUACAACGAUAUAUUUAGGAAACAUGUGAUGAAACAUCGGGAUUAUCAAACUAAACUCAGGGACAGGCUUUACAGCACAAGAAUGUCUAUGAUCUCCAAUUCGAAAAUGAUUGCGGACAUACAAGAUACUCGUUCGCUACCCGUUGAGGGACAAUUUUGGGGGAGGCCAGAAUCUGGGUUUAUGCAAACAUGGAUGCUGUUUAGGGUGAUCAUUGUGUGCAUAUCUAUUACGUCUGCAUCGAUGUUAGGUGGCGUGGGUGCAGUGUCGAGAUGGAUAUUUAUGAUGAUCAGUGCCUUCUGUGAUUGUAUCGCGUUUAUUGAUAUCGUCAUUAAAUUAUGUCUACCCUACUACGACAGCCGUGGAUUAUACAUUACGGAUAAAAAGAUGUGCUUAACUAACUAUUUGACCAAAGGGUUUCUGCUUGACAUUACGGGAGCAGUACCUUGGUUUAGUGUUCUUAAAGCCUUGAUAUACCAAGAAAUUAGUGACGAUGCAAGCUUCCUUAUAAAUACCGUUUGCAAAUUCGCACAUUUGUACAUUUUGUUCGCAUAUUUUGACUAUAUUACGGAUAUUCCGACGGUGAACUUGACUUACAUAAUGAUAAUAAAAUGGCAAAUCGUGAACGUUUUGCUCGUGAUGGGAAUCAGCCAUUACUUGAUGAUAAACUGCGUGGAAUUCGAGUUCAAUAAGGCCAAGACCUUAACCGGCGUCAAAUACAACAACGAGACUUGCUGGAUGCCCCCCUUUUUUGACUUACCCGACAGAUUGAACGGGGAUCAACUGCAUCUGAUCUUUGCUCAAAGUUUAAAUCUGGCGGAAUGUGGUAUGAUGAGGAUGAACUUCGGUAGAUUUAUCAUCGAUCGAUCACAUCUGGGAGUGGGCUUCAUUCUAUUCGUAGUCGGUGUUUUAUUCUGGUUUAUUUCAUGUUACACAUUAAUAUUGUUGGUGUUGAAUGGUCGAGGAGACACAUUGUUCCAACACUCCGUGCUGCAGCUGCAGAGGUUCCUCAAGUCGGAGCGAGUCGAGCCUGCUGUCAUCCACAAAGGCAUGGAACAUUUCACGUAUUGUUGGCUGAGAACCAAAGGAAUAAACAUACAUCAACUUACUAAUGACCGCAUUGGUGUUGUAUUUCGACAGGAUUUGAGUUAUUAUUUCUAUAAAAAAACCUUUACAAUCUUUGACUCCAUGUUUGGCGGUGGAGAGUCGAUACAGAGGCAACUCGCUAGCGUGAGCGACGUAGCAUAUUUUCUGCCAGGACAUGAUAUAUUCAGGGAGAUGGAUAUCGUCCCAAAUGUCUGCAUUGUGCAUAGAGGAAGGGUCAACAUAUUCAAAGACGGAAGGAAGGUUAUCAUACUUACGAAGGGUGAUAUAUUCGGCCAGCUUCAGGGUGUUACGCUGCGUCCUAUUAAAGUGACGGCGACCGCUGAAGAUAACGUUGAUUUGCUUUACAUAGAGGUAGCAGCCUUCCAGAGUAUCAUCACUGACGAGAUGAAAUCUAUCAUCAGGAAAAGCAAGCAAUCAAAAAAUUGCUUUAUGGCAACAAAAAAUAUUUACGUUGAGAACCCUUACGAUACUGUUCAAUACCUUCUUCGUGGAAUUAAAACUAUCAAACUACCGUGGAGCGAGUUCCCUACAGAAGCUUGUGAAGGCUCAUGGUACACCUGGUGGUUGUUCGUCACGUGGCUGGUGAACCCCUUCGUGUCAUCCGUCCUGGUACUCCUCUUCAUACUGCUGCCAAACGACUCCGACUUGUGGCUCAAAUUGUAUUGCCCCAUUUUUGUGAUGGAUGCCAUUGAUUUAGUGAACUUUUGUGCUGAGUUUUUUACGGUGGAACUGAUUGUGAUAAGGAACCGUUGUAAUCCACAUCGUUUGGGCUUGAAGAAAUUCAAAGACUGGGGCUUAUAUGUGGAUGCUCUGUCACUAUUGAUUCCGCUUGUCACCUUAUUUACGCACGAUUGGGAAUACCAGACAGCCAGAUUACUCAGACUCAAAUUCUUUAUUGAUUUUGAGUUCCAUUUCUGCAGGGGUUUUCGAAGUCAAAAAGCACCAUAUGUUUUGAAGUUAGCGAUUAUGAUAUUAUUGCUGCACAUUUUUACGUGUGGCUGGAUCUUUUUUGCAUGUCGAGAUUCAACAUUCCCGAUUCCGCUCCCGAGUGAUAUUCGCAACUUGAACAAAACUGUAGACUUUUCCCAGUGGGUCCAUCCUGAUGACAGACUAGGCGGUUGUGCCCGUUCCACGAGAAAUGCCAUUACAGACGAACAUGGCCGAAUAAUGCCCUCUUUUGUAGUGCCCAAAUAUUGGCCACACGAUUAUGUUGUCGCAAUGACUUAUAUCUUGUUAAUACAUACCCAUACUAGUAUUGAUACGGUGAUCGCUUUGUCACUCAAACAAGUAUACUAUAAAGUUUUUGUGACAUUCUUCAUGUACUUACUGGACAUAUGGAUCAUGGCAGUGGCCAUCAAUUUUGCGUUCAAUAGGAUUCGCGUACUGUACGCGUACGACUCCAAUGUUCAGACAAUGUUAACUUAUUUCAUAAACAAUGGUAUCUGCGUGUCUCUGGCAGAAAUGGUAAAAAAAUAUGCGGAUCAAGUCUGGACUAGGCAAAAAGGCGAUUGGCUUCCUGAGCUAGUGUAUCAAGCUCCCCUUUGCUUGCGCCAAGACCUGUUUACUGCAUUGUACAUACACCAUUUGGAAGCACCCCCGACUUACCGGAGACUACCCGACUACUUCAAAAGGCAGUUAUGCGCAAGAUUCUCCAGGGUAGUUAUAUUUCCAGGCAAGUGCAUAGUGCGUGAGGGAGACACAUUCAAUACCACCUACUUCAUUCAUGAAGGUGAAGUGGAGAAGUGGUAUACUGAUAAUGCCGGCGAAGGACAAUUGAUGUCCGUCCUGUACACCAAUGGAUACUUUGGAUGCAUUUCUGGGCUGUUUCGCAAUGCUGGCUUUCAGUUUUCGUAUUACACUCGAACGGUGGUGGAUUUAGUGUAUCUUGAACUGUCUAACUGGGAAGAUCUAUUGGAGAGUUACCCAGACGUCAAGAUGAUGCUAUAUGGCGUCACAAAAGAAUUGAGAAAAGAAAGCGCAAAAAAUGCACAUGGUAAACCUCGGGCUAGCGAAACGUACUCGGGCUCAGGCUCGGGCUGAAAAUAAAAAAAGACUUCAAAAUGCAUUUUUGUAACGAUUUUAAUUAAUGUGAAACCCCAUUUUUUCAGCCUUUUAUUUUAAUUACUUUAUAUUUGAAUGUAUUCUAAGCUACAUUAUUCUUCUUCAGUUACCUGAUUUUGCAGCAUUUGGCAAAAAAGGAAAAUAUUUUUCAGAACCCUUUUUCUUAUAGUGCUUACAAGGCUAUUUCUUAUGCAUAUUUGUUAGCAUUUGGUCCGCUCUGAAAUAUAUUUUUUUCAUUAUAUUUUAAGGUGUUAAUUGAAUAAUAUUCUUACGAAUAAACUAGAUAUAUUUAGCAUUAUUUAUUAAUUAUCCAAGUUUUAUUUAAUUUUAAAUACUAUUACAUUAUUAUAGGUACAUAUAUUGUUAACUAGCUUAUAACUGAAUAUAUGCUUCACUUGA